UCAAGAAUCAAACAGUACAAUAAUGGGUAGAGCUCCUUGCUGUGAUAAAAUGGGCGUAAAAAAGGGACCCUGGACAGCCGAAGAAGAUAAGAUUCUUGUUGAAUAUAUUCAGAAAAAUGGGCAGGGAUGCUGGCGUGAUCUUCCCAGACAGGCUGGGCUUCUUCGGUGUGGAAAGAGUUGCCGCCUGCGUUGGACUAAUUACCUGAGACCUGAUGUUAAGCGAGGCCCAUUUCAACCAGAAGAAGAAAGAACAAUCCUUCAGCUGCAUGCAAUUCUAGGCAACAGGUGGUCUACGAUAGCUUCCCAACUGCCACGAAGAACUGAUAAUGAGAUCAAGAAUUUCUGGAAUACCCAUUUGAAGAAAAAGCUGUUGAGAAUGGGACUCGAUCCUUCCACCCAUGUACCCAUAUCUGAAAUACCCAGCGCAAAUGGGUUACAGGGAUCUCAAUCCACAGCCCUCCUUAGGCAUUCGUCACAGUGGGAGAUUGCAAGGCUUGAAGCGGAAGCUAGAUUGUCCAGAGAUUCAAUCCUCUCAUCGAAGAAUAAGUUGAUAGGAAACCAUAAUGCAGACGCCAAUUCCAAGGCACCCACUGAUUUUUUCUUGAAGCUUUGGAACUCAGAUGCAGGCAAAGCCUUCAGGAAGGAGUCUGUUAUUAACAAUAACAAUAUUGAGAAUCCUCAUGGAUACGUAGGACGGACCGAUACAAGUACCCACUUAACCUUAAGUCCACUUUCACCCUUUUCCUCUGCUUUCAACUUGGAUCAGGAAAAUAUUAACAAAGAAGACGAUUCAGCUGCCGGAUCCUGUAAUCCUUCCUCAAAGGCUGUUGUGAGGGGCCAAACAGAAGGAAAGAAGCCCAUCCAUAACGACUCCUCUAACUCUGAUGAGUUAAUCCACGGUAAUGUUGCUGUUCAUAACCAUGACAUACAGGACUUGACAGAUCUGCUUUUGGAUUCCCCUAGCUCCAACAUGGCAGAAUUAUGCACGAAUUUUCAGCUGCAGUCACCUUGGGCAUGGCAAGAACUACAGCUAGAUGAGGACAACGAUUACUGAACGGAGCACUUGGAGUUCAUGCUCAGAUAUCAAGUUCACAAUCCACCAUUCUUAUAAACAACCAUCUCCCACAGUCACGUUGAUAGGUACUCAAAAGUAGUGUUUAUCUAUUCAACGAUAAACUUUUGUAAAUUUCUU